AGAGUGCAUCGUGUAGUAUUUAACAGAGGAGAGGGAGUGCAUCGUGUAGUAUUUAACAGUAUAUCGAUUGUUCACAACGUGACUUUAAACCGUUUUUAAUAUUACAUGGUAACAACAUGGGACUUUUUUUCGUAGUUUUAUGAGUUUUAUUGGCUUAAGUUUCAUUUAGGUUUGUUUUGUGUUACAUAGUGAUUUUACUGGAUUUUUGUAAUGUGUACCUAUUGUUUUUUUUACCGUUCCUCGUACCGAAACUUGGUUUAAAAGCGAGUAAUGAUUGUUUGGCGAGUUUAAAUUAUAUUUCUUUGAAUAAGUGUUCUUAAAUGUGUCCGUCAUGACCUGUUUCAUUAUGGACAUAGAUACACAAGAUAGAGAAGGAGAGCGAGACAAAAGAGCUCAGGAAAUUUUAAGUGGUUUUCAAGUAAACUGGAUGAACCUUAGGGAUGCAGAUACAGGAAAGAUACUUUGGCAGGGAAAUGAAGACUUAUCAAUUCCUGACAAAGAACAUGAAGCAAGAGUUCCUAAACAGAUCCUCAAGUGCCGAGCAGUAUCUCGUGAGAUAAACUUUUCUUCUGUUGAAAAAAUGGAUAAGUUUAGAUUAGAGCAAAAAGUUCUAUUUAAGGGUCGUUGUUUAGAAGAAUGGUUUUUCGAGUUCGGUUUGGUGAUCCCUAAUUCAACUAAUACGUGGCAGUCGCUAAUAGAAGCUGCACCAGAAUCACAAAUGAUGCCAGCUAGUGUACUUAAUGGGAAUAUUCUUAUUGAAACAAGUUUCUUUGAUGAUGAUCUCCUUGUUUCAACUUCUAAACUGAGGCUGUACUACAUAUGAGAUCUCCGUCCAUAAUACGUUUGGAUCAGCUGAAAAAAAUAAAUAGUUAUGCAAUGCACAAGUAUUGUAUGGGGCACUUCUAAAAGAGAGUUAAACUAGAACUCUUUAGGAAAUUGUUAUUAAAAACAAUUUCAUGAUGUUGCAUCAUUUGCAUUUAAGUGAUACACCAAGCUUGGACCAUGUAUAAAUAAACUAUAAAUGCCUUAAUUAUUGGCUCAUGUAUAGUUCAAAUAUUAGAAAUCAAAAAAAGCAAUAGCAUUUAAUUAUUUUGAUAUAUUAAUUUACUAAAUACUAUCCUUAUGUUAAUAAUUUAGAAAAAAUGUUUCAUGUAGAAAUUUUUGUUUUAAUUUUUCAGACUGAAAAGAUGUAGAUUUUAUUUUAGUCAUGU